UUAGUUUUAUUUCUCAUGAAAAUAAUCUAUUUUAAUUAUAACUUCAAAGAUUCUACCCAAAAAUAGGGUAAAAUGGGUAAAAUUUACUUUUUAUUAUUUUUUCCUAAAUAGAGGAAUGAGCCGCAAAGUAAGGUUAUGUACCGACAUUUCUGAAAAUGUAAACAUUUUAGAUUUUAAUUUUGAGAAUUUUACAUCGCUUUUUCUUUUUGCAAAAUCUCUAUUAAUCAGUCCUCAUUUUAUUCAAAAAAUAAAUAGUUCUUAAAGAACUUUACGUCUUUUAUCUAAUUUAUUGUAAAACAGGAUGGAAAGCACAAAAGCAGAGGCUAAUGGAAUUAACAAUAAGCAGUCUAAGCGCUUAGACUACAUCCAAUGGGAAGACUACUACAUGGCCACGGCUUUCCUGGCUGCAAAGAGAAGCAAAGAUCCCACGUGCCAGGUGGGAGCGUGCAUUGUUGAUGAGCUCAAAAGGAUCGUUGGAAUUGGGUACAAUGGCUUUCCCAAUGGUUGCUCAGACGAUGUCUUUCCCUGGUCAAAAGAUUCCUCCGAUCCGCUAGAAAAUAAGUUCAUGUACGUCUGCCAUGCGGAGCUGAAUGCCAUCCUAAAUAAGAAUAGUGCCACCCUCCGGGGAUGUACGAUGUACGUGGCUCUCUUCCCCUGCAAUGAAUGUGCCAAAGUUAUCAUUCAAUCGGGCAUCCGGGAAGUUGUCUACAUGAGCGAUAAGCACGCCCAUAAACCUCAUACGAUGGCAUCUAAGGAGAUGCUAAAAGCUGCUGGAGUAUCUUUCCGGAAGUUUCAACCCACCGUGAAGCGCCUUGUAAUUGACUUUGAGGACAUUGAUCGACAGAAUUUCAGCCAACUGCCACAGACGCCCCACAAAAGCCUCGAAGAGCUUUCUGAAGGAAAGAAAGACUGAAAAAGAUGAUUUUUUUUAAUAAAUUAAUUUUUUUAUAUUUA